AUCAUUCCUCGUUUCCUCUCUCUCGAACUCGUACCUUACCGCCCUCACCAGAGGUAGAGAGAGCAGAGCAAUGGCUGAGAGAGGUGGAGAGAGAGGAGGUUUUGGUAGGGGCUUUGGCCGUGGAGGUAGAGGCGAUCGCGGUCGCGGUCGCGGAGGCCGUGGUGGUGGUCGUCGCGGCGGCGGCCGUCGUGAUGAAGAAGAGAAGUGGGUCCCUGUGACCAAGCUAGGGCGACUGGUUAAGGAAGGAAAGAUCAGAAGCUUGGAGCAGAUCUACCUCCAUUCUCUACCAGUGAAGGAACACCAGAUCAUUGAGACGCUGUUGCCUCAGCUCAAGGACGAGGUAAUGAAGAUCAUGCCGGUUCAGAAACAAACCCGGGCUGGUCAGAGGACUCGAUUCAAGGCCUUCGUCGUCGUCGGUGACGGUAACGGCCAUGUCGGAUUGGGUGUGAAAUGCAGCAAGGAAGUGGCAACUGCUAUUCGUGGCGCUAUUAUUCUGGCGAAACUGUCUGUGAUUCCGGUAAGGAGGGGCUACUGGGGUAACAAGAUCGGGAAGCCACACACUGUGCCGUGCAAGGUUACCGGUAAGUGUGGGUCUGUUACAGUUCGGAUGGUGCCGGCUCCUCGUGGCGCUGGAAUCGUUGCUGCUAGGGUUCCGAAGAAGGUUCUGCAGUUCGCUGGUAUUGAAGACGUCUUCACUUCUUCUCGUGGGUCCACCAAAACACUCGGGAAUUUCGUCAAGGCAACCUUUGACUGUCUGUUGAAGACGUACGGAUUCCUUACACCCGACUUCUGGAGGGAGACUCGCUUCACUAAAUCCCCAUUCCAGGAGUACACGGAUCUGUUGUCGAAGCCUACAAAGGUCCUCAUUACUGAGGACACCACCAAGUUAGACGAUUAGUGAGAGAGAUCCUGGUUGGUAAAAAAAAAGCUAGGUAGAGUCGGUAUUUCUUUAAUUCGGCCUCUAUAUAUUUUUUCUUUUGCGAAUGUCCUUUUUCUUUUGAAGGUACAAAUGAAUGGGAUUUUAGAAUUUUCAUUAUGUUCUUUUUUGUUUGUACAAGAGUUUUGAAUUGACAAUUUAGCAUCAAAGUUUCUUGGUUUUAUUUGUUCCAA